GUCAUUAAAUUGGAAGGAAACCUUUGCCAAGCUAUCAUAUUUAAAACAAUCCGCGGAUCCAUAAUAAAUGAAUCUAAACGCGUUUUAAAACAAGUAUCCAAAUCAAAAUUAGUUAAAAACGAAGUUCGGGAUAAUUUAUUAAAUCUUUUUAAUCAAUUUACAGAAAUUGUAGCAUUUUAUUAUUUUUCAUUAAACGAACAACAAAGGCUAGAAGUUAAAAAACUUUUUACGACUUUAAGAGACAGAGUAGUUAGAUCGUACCAGGUGUUAAGAGUAGAUUUUAAAAUACCUAGUUCAUGUGUUGAAGCUAUAAAUCUCGAAAUAAAAGGUGAGGAAAUUGAAGACGAUCAACAAACCAAUAUAGAAGAUACCAAAGAUUUAGAAGAAACGAAAGUAAAAAACAUGGAGAUGACUAAAAUUGAUAUUUUCAAUUUUGCAAACAAAGUACUUCCAAACGCAUUUGACGGCUCCCCUGAUAAGUUACAGUCCGUUAUAGAUGCGCUGACCUUGCUAAAAAGCAAUGCCGCGGGUCAUGAAGAGGACGCAGUGGCUUACGUAAAAACAAGACUUAUAGGAAAAGCGCGCGAUUUAAUAACCGACGACACAUUGGACGUAAUAACCACAAAACUUAAAACGGGAAUAAAAACAGACAGCUCGCAAUUAGUAACAGCCAAAUUACUCUCCCUUAAACAAAAGAAUAAAGACGCAGCAGGUUAUGCGGUGGAAGUAGAGGCGUUAUCAUCCAGCUUAAAAAGAGCAUUUAUUAGUGAAGGUGUCCCUGUAGGUACAGCUGAAUCUUAUGCGACAAAUACCACUGUAGAGACAUUGAGUAAAAAUUCAAAUUCAGAAAGGGUAAAACUAGUUAUGGAGGCUGGUACUUUUAAUAAUAGUCAAGACGCAAUUACGAAGUUUGUCAACGUUGCACAAGAGUCUAGUACUGCUACGGUCCUGUAUACAAAUAAUCGUGGAACUUACGGAAGGCGUGGAAAUAAAAACAGUUUUCGUGGAAAAAAUCCAAACUAUACUUUCCACUAUAAUCUUAAUAGAGAGCGCAAUUAUCGCCACAAUAAUUACCAUCAGUCAAACCACCAAGCCAAUUAUCAUGAUAAGCCUCUGUUUCCAUUUUCGCGCCGGAAAUGGAAAUAG